UAAUUAUAAAAUUCAGUCACAGAAGAAUGUUGACCCUGAUUCAAGUCUGUCUUGUGAAUUAUUUCAAAGGUGCAUACUAGCCUAGGUUUAUCGCAUGAAUCUCUCAUCAGAAAUUCACGUGCUUGCUACGAUUGUGUUGAAGCCGCCUAGAUCAGCUGUCAAAAGAGGUGCUCUUUCAGCUCAUGGCAGUUUCGCGAGUAUUAGCGCCGAGCGAAGAUCAUCGAUAUCUCGACUCUUGAACAAUUUCGUUAAUGUGAAAGUCUGCACUGAAGUAUAUGAACAUAAUUGCCUAAUUCGUUCUUUCAUGCCAUGCACUCAUAUCACACAAGUGUUUGAAACUGCUUGCACAUGAUAAUUAAAAUUUAUUGGUGAUAAGAAAGAUAAGGAACAACUUCCGUCUGCAGAUUCCGACUCGUAAUAGUAUAAAAUGACGAAAGCUACAACUCUUCUGCCAAGUGUCCUCGGUCGAAUUCUUAGGGUUCCUCCGUCAUCAGCUGGAGCAAUCAUUAGUCAGCGAUUUGCCCACAAUAACAAAAUCAGUGACGAAUCACGCAUCAUAGAUAAACGAGAGGUCGAGGAGGUUCGUGUACCGGUUCCGUAUGGUGAAAUCGCGGGAAAAUGGUGGGGACCGAAGGAUGUUCGUCCCAUUGUUUCGCUGCAUGGCUGGCAAGACAAUGCCGGAACAUUCGACAGACUUAUACCGCUCUUACCUCAUCACAUGAGCUUCUUAGCCUUGGAUUUCCCCGGACAUGGAUUGUCGUCUCGAAUUCCCGACGGGAUGACCUACCACACACUGGAUAGUAUUUACACGCUCAAAAUGGUUAUGCAACACUAUCAAUGGAAGAAGAUUUCGUUCAUGUCGCACUCGAUGGGAUCACUCGUUAGCUUUAUUUUCUCGUCAGUCUUUCCGGAUAUGGUAGAGUUCAACAUUGGGCUGGAUGCUCUAAAACCGCACAUUUCCGAUCCGGCCAAGCUUGGACCACGUUUACAGAAGCGAAUACCGCAAAUGUUAAUGGCGGAUAUGCGGAAUCGUGAAAAAUCCGAACCACCGAGCUACCCAUACGAAGAACUGGUCAAUCGGCUCCAUUUGGGAUCACACAAAUCCGUAUCUAAGGAAGCAGCCCCAUAUCUUCUGAACCGUAAUAUACAAAAAUCAGCAGUUCAUCCGGAUAAAUUCUACUUCACCCGGGACAGUCGGCUCAAGUACAGUGUUGGAGUUGGUUGGGGUCAGGACGUGAAUCUGGAGCUAGGCAAGAGGAUGACAAUGCCCUAUCUGUUUCUCAAAGCGAAGCAUUCCUCGUACUACGAGGACAAGAAGUAUUUCAACGAAUUUGUCGAACUGGUACAGGCUAACAAUCCGCUCUUUGAGUUACAUUUCGUGGACAGCACACACCACAUGCACCUGACUGAACCGGAGAAGGUUGUGCCGAUAAUUUCGAAAUUUUUGUGCAAGCAUUGGAAAAGCGACUCAGUCAGGGAAAGUCACAGUAAAUAAAAAUCUCUUUGAUUGAAACUUU